AUGGAAGGUGGUACAAUUUUAACAAUUAAAGGAAACUAUUUCAGUAAAAGUAGUAAUUAUCCUCUGAUCGUUAAUGUUGGUGAUGAUCCGUGCACCAUUCGUAAUGUGAAUCUGACUACAAUUCAAUGUCAAACAUCAAUAAGAUCAGUUAGCAAUCGAAAUCAUUAUCGUGGUGGUCGUGGACUUCAUACCUAUUAUCAACCUGGCUACAUUAAUCUUAAUGCUUUGGGCAGUGUUAGUCCUCCAAUGCCAAAUGCCAACACCAGUCGCUCAUGGACUGGAGAAGCCUCAUUUUCCUCGGUAUUUUCAUCUGCUACUACCGUUUGGCUUAUAGGAUUUAUACGUGCACCCAUGACGGCUGCAUUCAAUUUUCGAUUGGAAAGCAAUUCUCAAGCUGCUCUUUAUCUGAGCACUGAUGAAGAUCCUGCGAAUGCAGUACGAAUUGCUAGCAAUACAGCCACCGAUUCACAAAGAAUUGUACUCCAAAAUAAUACUGACUAUUACAUGCUUUGUGUUGGUUCCACUGGCGGUGGUAGUUUUGGUUUAGCAGUAAAAUCAGCCAUGCAACCAUUGAAUUCAAGAACGGGAGCUAAUCGUCCGGGUACGAGCGAAAUUCAACAAGUUAACAUCGGUGCUGCCGUUACCAAUGAAUAUCAACGUAUUGUCUAUAUGACUAAUUCGUCUAUUCCUGGAGUGGCUGAAGUUCAAGAUGUAGAGGCAUAUUUCAACAUAUUUCAAAUAGGAUUCAGGGGAGUCUAUACAGUACUACUCGAUGGACCACCAUUUACACAAUUUGUCCAGGAUGCUCUCAACGAUUUGCCAACAAUCUAUCCUUUAACUGUUAGUGUAGCACUUGUCGGCACUGCUUACCGAGUGACGUUUCCAGUAGAAAUGGGUGAUGUUCCACCACUUACUGUGAUAUCAACAGGAUUUAGUGGUACUGUAAAUGCAACAGAAAUCAUACGAGGUGUUCCAUCGGCUUCAAAGAUAGCUUUCCAACUCGAUGGAGCAAUAACAAACUAUCUAAACUUUCGAGACGAUGAUAUUACAUCAGCUAUUCUAACAAAUGAAUUCAAAAAUUUGUUCAACAUUCGAUGUCCACCAUCAUUGAAUGAUCCACAAGUAGCACCAACUGUUGUAUAUUCGGACGAAUUUGAAGAGCCGAGUCCAUAUGAUGACACAUUCACAAUUGAAGAUAUGGCCUUCUGUGGUCGUGGAGCAGUUGGUACAGUAAUUUCAAUUUCUAAUGCUUCUAAAGCACUUAGUGGGUACUAUUCUAUCAUGUUUGAUGGACAAGUAUAUUCUCCGAUUCCAGCUGCAAUAGCUCCGUCAAAUUUGGUCGAUUUACUACAAUCAUUUCCAAAUUUUGGCUAUGUUUCCGUCAGUCGAACCGGACAAUGUCAUCAGUAUUCUUACACAAUUCAAUGGUUAGUUAAUGGUGAGCAACCACUUAUUUCCAUCGUGAAUUCAUCUCAGUUAAGACCGCCUAAUGCACCUAUCAGUGUUUCAUCAAUACAACGUGGUAGCUCUUCAAAUGUAUUCUAUAAUCUUCCCACUGAUGUAGUGGAAGUAGUUGUAGGCGGUUAUCCAUCUUAUUGUUCCAACACCGAUAAUAACUGUGAAUUUCAAUGGUCAAUCAAUCAUACGCCUCAAAUAACAUCUGUCAUUCAAAGUGGAACAGCGGUGACUAUUAGUGGUUCUGGAUUUAGUACUCGUCCGGAAUCUAACACGAUAUCAAUUGGUGAGAAUGGUCGAUGUGAUGUUCAAACAGCUAGUGCAACAUCGAUUCUUUGUAACAUUAUCAAUGCACCAUCAGGUCAACAUGUUCUACGAUUAAACGUUGCUGACAAAGGUCUAGCUUCGAGUAAUACAACUUUCAUGGUGCAAGUGCCGUUAUUUAUCACUUCAUUUGUUCCAAAUGGAGGCGAUUCUGGUGGAGGUUAUCAAUUAACAGUGUUCGGAGGCGGCUUUUCGCCGGAUGCAGUUAUCUUUCUUGGUGAAAAUUUCUGUAUCAAUCGAACUGUAGUCAAUUUUACUACAAUCAAAUGUGUUGUACCUCCAAGUGGCAGUGGAAGUUUGAGUCAAGUGGUGGUUGCUGUAACUGAUGGCUUGAAUUCUGUUACUGCAUCGACACAAUUCACAUACAAUGUGACGGUUGCACCAACUAUCUAUUCAAUUAAUCCAACUUUUGUAACGAUGCGCGGUGGACUAUUGAACAUCAAUGGUACUGGAUUUGGCAACCAAGAUGUUUCUGUUUUCAUUGGUACCGCAAAUGCUCGUGUUAUAUCUUCUUCAAACAACUACAUUGUAGUAAAUUUGAAUGCCUUACCACCUGGACUCUAUCCAGUCACGGUUCAUACUGCGGCAGGUUAUGCACGACCGCUCUUUCAAAUCGAGUAUCGAUUCUAUAUACAACAAGUAUCCCCACAAGUUGGCUCUGCAUACGGCGGCUCUGAUGUUUAUGUUGAUGGAGCAGGCUUCGACAAUGAGACAAUUGUUCAAUUACGUGAUCAACAGAAUAAUGUCUCUCCAUGUGAUAUUGUUUCAAUUCAAUCGGAUCAGAUUCAUUGCCGAGCAACGGUUCCUACUAGUCAAGUAAGCAUCACAUCUUAUGGUACCCAUCCGGUAUAUGGCUUUGGCCAUGCAUGGUAUCCUACUCGUGAGACAGUACAACAAGGAACAACGGUUACAUGGUCAUGGGAUUCGUCGCAACUUAGUUCACCAGUUUCUUACAAAAUACAGCAGGUAGACAGCCCGUACAGUACUACACCGGUACAAAAUGGAUUUGAUUCUGGCCCACCCACAUCUUCGGGUUCAUUCUCCUAUCAAUUCGAUACUCUGGGUACAUUCUACUAUUGGGCACCGAAUAUCACUCAAUCGACCGGAUACGCAAUGCGAGGUGUCAUCGAUGUUGUAGUUUUAAUGCCUACGACAGUGACUGUAGAAGCCAUUUGGAAUAAAUUUACUGCUCAAACAUGUGCAUUUCCAUUCAUUUUCAAUUCGGCCAAUUACACCGCAUGUACCUCAGCGAAUGAUACACGAUUGUGGUGUUCACCAACAUCAGUCUAUACAGGUCAAAGACUUUAUUGUACUCCAACAGCUUCGGUACCUACUUCAUCAUGUCCUUGGAGAACACUUAAUGCGAGUUCGUGUGGUGAAUCUGUACCAACAUCAGCUAAUCCAACGCAGUUUCUUUCAACAAUAUGUACAGUUGAAUCGAUUACCGAUAUGUCACCUUUGGAGGGCCCCGCUGGAACUCAGUUAACAAUUACAGGCACAAAUUUCGAUGGCAAUAUGUGUGAUUAUGAUAUUCAAAUAGGAUCAUCAUAUCAUUGUCCCAUAAUAAAUAUGUCAUCGAAUACUCUUACAUGCCAGAUCAUGGCAAAUUCGACGCUUGACGCUAGAACGAAUCAAACUGUUCGUGUAGCUCGUCAUCGUCAAGGUUAUCUCUCCAAUCGAAUUCCAUUGAAAUUUAGAUUUCUCCCAUCAAUCUCAAGCAUUUCUCCGACAAUUGGUUCGAUUUAUGGUGGUACUCGUGUAACGAUUGAUGGAGACGGUUUUAUGGAAGACAACACACUUGUAUACAUUUCAGGCGCAAAUUACGCAUAUCGAGGAUCAGAAUCCUAUUCACGAAUUACUUUCACUACCCCAUCCGAGUUAACCUACAUAGAUACAGAUUUAAGCUUAGCAGUUUUUGUUGGUACAAGUCAGUCGACUUGUCUAAUGCCUUCGUGCCGUUUCUCUUGGUCAACAAGUGUAACACCAUAUUUUGACUCAGUGAGCCCAUCAGUUAUUCGUGGUAGUACAAACUUAACAAUCACCGGUCAAAAUUUGCUCAGUGGUGGCAGGACAGCUGCUGAUGCUCAUGUGACUAUUAACGACCAUAUCUGCAAUAUUACACAAAUGAGGAAUGAGUCAAUCAUGUGCACAGUAAAAGGUAUCGAAGCUGGUCAACAAAGCAUUGUUGGAUCAAUUGAUGGUGUUGGUAAUGCUUAUUCAUCAUUGAAUAUCACAUCGGAAGCCAUUGUAGCGACGGUAACACCUCUGACCAGUAGUGUCUAUGGUGGUGCAACUCUAACAAUUGUUGGUCACGGCUUUUCUAACAAUAUCAGUGAAAUUGAAGUCAAUGUUGGGACAGAUUCCUGCCCUGUAACUUCAACAACAAGUGAGAAAGUCGAAUGUACUAUCCCUCCUCAACGUAACAACCCGAAUACAGCAAAUAUUAGCAUUUCUUCACAUCAUAUUUCAUUUCCAUCUUCAUCUUUAUUGACUUACGACAGAGCGAUCACACCGAACAUCAGUUCUGUUAGUCCAACGUUUGGUAGUAACUCACAAAAUUUAGUAAUUAGCGGAAAUAACUUCGCUGGCUCGGCUCAAACAAAUGUUACAGUUGGAAAAACUGAGUGUACCGUUAAUAGUCGUUCGAUGGUAUCAGUUGCGUGUACGGUUGGUUCAGAUUUGCCCGCUGGGCAUCACGAGGUUACUGUUCAUGUAGACGGAGUUGGAGAUUCAAAUUCAGACAUCUCUUACACACAAGAUCUCUCGAUCACUAGUAUUACACCAUCGGAAGGAAGUUAUGGUGGUGGUCUGCCAAGCACGAUUCUUGGUAAUGGAUUUAAUGGAACCAAUGUCACUGUGAGUGUAUGUAGUAGGGCAUGUUUAUCGAAGGAAAUCGUUUCUAAUGGUCAACUCAUUUGUGUCACGCCCGAGAUAUCUUCGACGGUCGCUAGCACUGCGUGCAAUUUAACAGUGUCUGUUGACGGCAUCAGUAAAAAUGCAUUGUUCACUUACAGAGCUAAUUUGACUGCAACGGUAACAUCGGUAAGUCCAGCUCGAGGCGGAACAGGUGGUGGAACAACUAUUACUAUUAAUGGAACUAAUUUUCCUACUUCUAUCAAUUCCGUAGCAGUGACUAUUGCUGGUACACCAUGCUCUGUACGAACGAUCUCAACAACAAGUAUUACUUGUGAGACUAGAAGUCAUCCAUACUCAAGUAUACGAGCUCCGGUCAUGGUAUACAUUAACGGAAGUGGCUAUGCAAAUACUUCAGCUCAGUUCCAAUAUAUUGAUCUUUGGUCAAGUCCAUGGACAUGGGGUGGUAGUGAUCCACCCGAAGAGAGUACUCUUGUAGUGAUUGAAAACAACGUGACUAUCUUUUUGGAUAUUGAAACACCUACUCUUAAAGCACUCAUCAUUGACAACUCCACUCUAAUCUUUGAUGACUCACAAGAUGUUGCUUUGAACGUCGAAUAUAUUAUUAUUGUUAAUGGAGGCCAUCUUCAAGUAGGAACAAAUACCGAACCAUUUCAACAUCGUGCUGUUAUUACCAUGUACGGGCAUUUACGAUCGAUUGAAUUACCUAUUUUUGGUGCUAAAGUAUUAGCUUUGCGCGAGGGUACAUUGGAUAUGCAUGGAAUUCCUACUGUUCGAAGUUGGACACAAUUGGGAGCAACAGCUAUGAAUGGUUCAACAACACUCACUCUUCUACAGCCUGUUAAUUGGACCAUCAGUAGUCAAAUAGUUAUUGCUACUACGAGUGAUCGUUUCAGUCAGAAAGAGAGUGAAAUUCGCCGAAUUACGAAUAUAUCCUCAAAUGGACUUACAUUAACAUUGGAUCAACCAUUAACAUAUACUCAUUUGGGUAUUUCACAAACAUUGAAUUCAACAACUAUUGAAAUUCGGGCUGAAGUUGGUCUUCUUUCGCAUAAUGUUGUCUUUCAAGGUGCAAUCACUGAAACAUGGAAUGACACCAUCGAAGCAUGUCCAGCUGGUUUCAACCCAGAUGAAUUUGCUGUACAAACAUGCUUUCUUGGUCGAUAUGGACAAGAGAUCGGUUCUGACCAGUUCGGUGCGAUGAUCAUGAGUAGUCCCGGAAAUGUUAGUACUAAUGGCACUCAACCAAUUGUUGUUCGUCUAUCCAAUGUGGAGCUCUACAAUGUUGGUCAAGCAUUUCGUCUCGAUCGAUAUGCAAUACAUUUUCAUAGCAAUGGCAACAUGAGCGAGUCUUAUGUGAAAUCAUGUUCCGUUCAUUUGUCAUUCAAUCGAGCUGUUCAUAUUCAGGCCAGUGAUUAUAUUACUAUUGAGAACAAUGUCAUCUAUAAUGUCAUGGGAAGUGCAAUGUUUCUAUCGGAUGGUAUUGAAGUAGGACAUGUCUUUCGAAGAAAUCUUGCCGUUUUUGUUCGAUCGAGUUCUAGCCUUCUCAAUGAAGAUCUUACACCAGCUGCAUUUUGGCUAAGCAAUCCCAAUAAUAUUGUCGAAUUCAAUGCAGUAGCUGGUACUACACAUUAUGGUUAUUGGUAUCGAUUGAGUGAUAAACCUGAAGGACUUUCCCUUUCAACAAUUUCCGAUUAUUGUCCCAAUCGACAACCAUUCGGUCGCUUCUACAACAACAUUGUACAUAGUACGGGUCGCUUCGGAGUUUGGGUCUAUCCUGAAUAUGCUCCGACUAUUUCGGGUGCCUGCAAUGAUUCUCAACCAUCGCAAGCGACAUUCGACGGUUUGAUCGCAUGGAAAAAUAAUAAGGGCAUUGAAACAGUCAUGUCUCGCACAAUUCAAAUAAAAAAUGCAUUAGUCUUUGACAAUGCUGACAUUGGUAUCGCCUGUAUUACAGCUGUAGGUCAUCAAGAAACGAAUCCACCCUAUUUACGCGAAACAUUCUAUGAUACUCAUAUUGGUUCAUCGGUGAUUGACAGCAUAAUUAUUGGUGACGUUGGCAUCUCAUCAACCCCAAUCGUACCAUCUACUGCUGGUCUUGUUGUUAUGUGGGAUCGUGGUCUUAGUGUUUCAAAUGUUGCUUUCAUUAACUUUCCAAGUAAUCAAACACGUGCGAUUUUUGGACCAACCAUCCUCGAUCGAUGUACCGAUCGUUGUGGAGGCUGGCUGAUAAAAUUUUCAAACAUAUCAUUCGAUAAUGUUUUGGUUCGUGGCAAAUUUCGAUGGGAAUAUGAUGCCGUCUAUCAUGAUCAAGAUGGUACUUUGUGUGGACAACCAGAUUCAGUAAUCAUGGCACCUGAUGGUCUAACUAAUGUAUCAACGAGUUGUGCAAUAGCACCUGAUUUCGAAAAUGCUAUUCAAUGUUCUCUUUCACAAGGCUCAUGGUUACGAUUCUCAUUUCGCGAAUUAUUAGAAAGAUCACAGGGUCGACUAUUCAUCUUUGAUGCAGCAAACACGUCUAUUAAAAAUCCGCCAACAGCUAACACAAGUAUCGAUAUAGAACUAUCAUUUCAAGUAUACAUAUGUCCUUGCAAUGGAUGUGCAUGCCCACCGCCUCCAACGACUACCACAACAACAGCAACAACAGCUACAACAACAACGGCAACAACAGCUACAACUACAACAGAAACGACAACUACAACCACAUCCGCUACAACAACGACGACCACGUCUGCUACAACAACUACAACAACGUCGGCUACAACUACGACAACAACAUCGGCUACAACAACUACAGCUACAACAAGUACAACAACGACAGCGACAACGGCCACUACAAGUACUUCAACGUCUACAAUCUAUCUACCUCCAAUACAGCCUUGUAUGGAAUUACCAACAAAUCCACAAGUGUGCCAAUACGUCGAAGUCAAAUAUUGGUCCAUCGAUGCUCACUGGACAUUUGGUCCACAAGACUAUCCAAAUUGGGUUGGUGUUAAGCCCAGUAACGGCAAUAAUGUUUAUGUUCCUCGUUGCAUCUGGUUAAUUAUCGAUUAUCCACUUCCAACUAUUCGUGCGUUGAGAAUAGAUGGUGUAGUUGAAUUUCAGCAGGGACAAAAUCAUAUUAUGUCAGUUGACACCAUCGUUAUUAAUGGUGGACGAUUGAUUGCUGGUUUACCUACCGCACCGUUCAAUGGUAAUAUCGACAUAAUCAUGACGAAUAGUGGAUCACCAACCAUACAACGGCCUCAAAAUUUUCCAGAGAUGACACCGAAAAUGAUCGGAGUUCUUGGUGGACUUGACUUGCAUGGUACUCCACGUGGAAUUACUUGGACGUUUCUUGCUACUACAGCGGCAUCGGGUCAACAUGUGAUUAUUCUGCGUCAACCAGUUAACUGGAAUGCCGGUGAUGAAAUCAUCAUUACAACCACUGACACAAGCAUCUAUCAUACUGAACGACACAGUAUUGCUAGUAUACAGAAUGGAACAGUAAUAUAUACUACAACACCCCUUGCUUAUACCCAUAUUGUCAUUCAACGUUCAUUCGCUAAUGGUCAAGUGGUAAACGUUGCCGCUGCCGUUGGAUUGCUAACACAUAAUGUACGCGUUAUUAAUCAAAAUCCAGGAUCUGUUUUGUCUGGAUUUAAAAUUUUGGUUACAGAAUACCGUACAAAUGUCUGGCAUAUUUACACCAAUACUUUUUACGACACUUGCUACAAAGGCUAUGCUCGAUUAUCGAAUACUCAAUUUAUAGGAUUUGCACAAUUCGAUGAUAGCUACCUGAGUGACUCAAGAUCAGGGAUUUAUAUGAAUCGUCUUGGCGAUUACAAUACAUGGCGACCAACUUUUAUCGAUGCUUGCUCAUUUGAUAGUGGCUUCAAUGCAGCGUCCGCUCUUGUUCUAACUGGAACAAACAAUCUCGUACAAAAUAAUCUUGUUGCAAAAGUUUACUGGACAGGAACAGGUCAAAUACCAUCCGUUGCUGAAUUUAAUAUGAAUAAUGAUGGUGCGAUUAUGACUCGCGAUGUUGUUAGCGUGAGAUUGCUGGAUAAUAUGGUUGCUGGUGCUGAACGUUUAGCCUAUCGAAUCCAAGGUGAAACAUGUGGAGGUCCAGAUGUUUUUGUACCAUUAAAUAUUACAAACGUUUAUUCGAACAAUGAAGCGCAUUCAGUAAUGUCGGGUGUCAACAUUUGGCCAUCUGACAAAGGCUUUAUAUAUGAUCGAACUACAACACAUAUACCGCUGGCUAGUCGCGUCAAUAUUAAUAAUUCAAUUGUAAUUGGUUCGAUGACACCACAAGAUUGUGAAGAUAGAAUAGAUCCGAAUUCCGCCAACAUUCGCCUAUCACAGAUGGCGUUACCUAGAGUAUCAGAAAACUCAUCUUCGACUGGUACUGGCGGUCGAUCGGGUAUAGUAUUUCCAACUAUGUCAAGGAAUAACUUCAUGCCCAUACGCCUUUGGACUGGAGUUGGUGUCUAUCCUGCUCUGAGUGGUUUAAUGAAGAUUACGAAUACUACUCUGGCAUUUUUCAACGAUAUUUGUGAUCGACAUGAUGUAGCAAUUCAAGUCUCUCAGACGAAUGAUGAUGGACAAUUUCCAAUCACAACUAGCGCUAUGUUUGUCUAUAAUACAUCUCAAAGAAACCUUAUUUUCAAUGGUAAACCAAACUUAGGUGUUGUGAACCCUAGCAGAUGUGGUGAUAUGGACUGUGACGGCUUGAAAAAAAAUUUGAUCAUUGAUACUGAUGGUUCACUUUUUGGUCAACCAGCCAGUGUCUUUUCACAAUCUGAAGUUUUUUGGGGUAGCCAAGAGCAUGGCACUGGAGAUUUUCGCAUUCCACGAGAAGCACUUACCAAUCUAACCGGUCAAAGAAUCAAUAUCAACUUGACUUAUCCGUAUCGAGGCAUCAGUCGUACUAAUUCUUGCUCUCUUCAAUCGUCAUGGGGAAUGUAUCAAUGUAAUUCAAGCGUUGACUAUCGUAUGUUAAUCAUUGAAAGUAUGGACGCAGAUACAGAAAAACGACGCCUUUCGCCUGUCGCUAUCAUGUCCGAUAGUGGUUAUAUUGAUUUGAUUAAUGGACCCGCAGAUCGAUCCACUUGCAAUGGCUAUGCUUGCCGUAAACGAAUUUCAACAUUCAUGGCUCUCAUUCAGUCUGGACAGACCUAUCAAAUAUUUUUCUCAAGUACUCCACCCAAACAAACACGUUUUCGUUUGCUCAAUGCUGAUUCAUCAAUAAAAUGUGUAUUAGCUCUUCACUACCUUUCGACUCAACAACUUGAUGUCUAUGCCAACACAAAUUACAUGCCACCGACCAAUCGAGAUCUUCGGGCUCCUGGUCUUAUGUUACUUGAUCGUCCGAAUAAUGUCUCAUUAUCGUCGCCACCAGGAAGCAAUUAUUUCGAUAGCCGUAUUCGUAGACAAGCUUCAUCUAGUUUCUCAAGCGUUCGAUUGGAGGUAGAAAUGCGCGAUGAGCCACGUACUAGUACUACAGCAACAACUGGAAUUCGAGGAGAAAUUCUAUCAAAUAUUGCCUCUGCAAUUAUCAAUCGUUAUCAAAUGGGUGAAUUACAAAUAGCAUGGUUCAAUCUUAAUUUAACGAACAGCAUGUUUCCAUCAAGUUUGAGAUCCCAAGAACCGUUCGAUGACUUUGAAAAUGAAUUAAGUGUGAUCAGUCGAAUUGUGCUAGUCACACCACCGAGUGAUUGUCGUCAGCAAAGUCCAUGUACAAUUCAGCCCGUACUUGUUGCAUAUGACGCACAAGGUAAUGUCAUUCAAAAGUUAGGUUCAAAUGAUCGACCAUGGCAAGUGCAAGCUAGCCUUGUGUCUCGACCAACUUUACGGUUGAUGGGCGACAUAGCUAAUUAUACUAAUGGGCAAACACAAUUCACUCUAUUAGCUCUGCCAGAUAACGGUACUGAACAAGUGCAAUUUACUUUGCUUAUACCGGAUGGUGUUAAUAGCUCAUUUUAUAUGACAAGAAAUCUGACGAUUCAAACUACUACUGUCAAUGUGUCACAAGCAAUACUUGCUGGACGACAAGUGAACAACAUCUAUGUUGUCGAUGUAAAUCAAACAUUUAGUGUAAGUGUAACACCAAUUGACCGUGUUACUCGAUUAAAACUUGCAGCAAUUCAAUGGAGUGGAUGGCAAUGGUAUGCCAAUGUUAGUCUGCAGACUUUGCCACAAUUUAAUCGUCAAGGAGUACUCAUGAGGAAUAAUUUAUCAAGAACUAUAGUCAAUGUCGGAGCAGGUACCGUAACUAUCACCAAUUUGACAAUUAAUGCUACUGGUAGUGUUGUUGCUGUUUUCGAAGUUGAACCAAUCGCUGUAGAUGCAUCGAACGCAGUUUCAAUAUUAUUAAAGAAUUCUGAUUUCUUAUCUGAUUUAACAAUGGUCUCCGCGAAUAUAAAUUAUCAUACAUAUGAGGUCGAAAGUCCUAAUGCAUCAAACUCUACAGAUAACGAGCAGAGUAACACUGUAUUAAUUGUUGCUCUAGCAGUUCCUCUUGGUAUUGUUACAUUGCUUGGUAUCGGUGUCAUUGUCGCUUAUCAAGUACAUGCGAAAAUGAUCGCAAAUCAGCGUCUAGGACCAGAUGUAGAUCAACUUACAAGACUUGAUCAAAGCACACCUGCUCCUAAUGCACAGACGAACGGACAACAUUUUGAAAAUAUCGAAUCUGCACCGAUUAUGAAUAAUCCAUCAGCACCAUAUCAAGUUCAUAUAACUCGUUUCAUUAAUCCUCAAGUUCCCAACGCACAGGCGCAUUUAUCAUCUCCGAUGGAAUUUAUUGCAGUCCAUUGA